UUGUUGCGAGCCUGUUUAAGAUAUUUUUAUACGCAAAAUGACGAUUAUUUUAUUCCUUAUUGACACGAGUGCUUCUAUGAAUCAAAGAACUUAUUUAGGAGCUAGACCAACUCUUUUAGAUGUAGCAAAGGAUGCAGUAGAACGGUUUAUAAAGAUACGACAGCGAGAUUCUGCUAGCAGAGGAGAUAGAUACAUGCUUUUAACUUUUGAAGAUCCUCCUCAUAACAUUAAGGCGGGAUGGAAAGAGAAUUUAGCUACAUUUAUGACUGAAUUGAAGAAUCUCCAGUCUGUAGGCAUGACAACAUUAGGAGCUGCCCUAAAAUAUGCCUUUGAUUUACUGAACAUAAACCGAAUGCAUACUUGCAUUGACACUUAUGGUCAAGGUCGGUGUCCCUUCUAUCUAGAACCAUCAAUAAUCAUUGUGAUAACUGAUGGAGGAAGACUUACAACAACUCUAGGUGUACAAGAGGAGCUUAAUUUACCAAUGCAUUCAUCAGUUCCUGGAUCUGAAUUAACAAAAGAACCUUUCCGGUGGGAUCAAAGAUUAUUUUCACUUGUUCUGCGACUUACGGGCAUCCCACCUGCUGAGAGGGAACCAAGUUCUGUGGUACCCCCCGAUAACUCGCCUGUUGAUGCAAUGUGUGAAGUAACAGGAGGUCGUUCCUACGCAGUUAUAUCACAGCGAAUGUUGAUGCAGUGUCUAGAAUCAUUAGUACAAAAGUUGCAGAGUGGAGUUGUAAUAAACUUUGAAAAAUUUGGACCUGAUCCACCUCCUUUAAACAAUGAGGAAAUACAAAUAAUUGAUGACAGAACCAAUAGCAAGCCCGCUUCUCCCAGUGUUCAUCCAAAUCCAAAUAAUCAGAAUCAAAAUGGUACAGCCAGCCCACCACUUUAUGGGGCAAACAAUAAUUCCUGGCAUUCUUGCCGUAAAUUAAUCUAUGUUCAGCGUUCUGCUCAAAAAGGCUAUACUGUUGGACAUUGGCCCAUACCGGAAGCUUUUUGGCCUGAUCAGAACAGCCCUGGCUUGCCUCCUCGAUCAGCACACCCGAUUGUUAAGUUCAGCUGCGCAAAUAGUGAGCCCAUGGUGAUUGAUAACCUUCCAUUUGAUAAAUAUGAAUUGGAACCAAGUCCUCUGACUCAGUACAUUCUUUCGCGAAAACAGCCUACAGUAGCCUGGCAGGUAUUUGUGAGCAAUUGUUACAAAAACAGUGAAAUUGAUCACCCAUUUGGGUACUUAAAAGCCAGCACCAGUCUUACAUGUGUCAAUUUGUUUGUGCUGCCUUUCAAUUAUCCAGUGCUUUUACCUAUGCUUGAUGAUUUGUUUAAAGUUCAUCGAUGCAAACCUACUAGAGAAUGGAAGCAACAAUUUGAUACCUAUGUAAAAAAUAUGCCUCUGUAUUAUGCUCACCCUCUCAAAAGAGCACUGCAAAGAAUGGGAGCUCCAAACCUUGUGCCAGAUACUAUGGAGAACUGUUUGAGCUAUAACAUCAUAAAUUAUUUAAAAAGAUUAAAGAACCAAGCUAAAACCGAGUUUGAAAAACUUAUCGCAACUAUUGGAUCCAAAAAGACACAAUCAGACGGGAUACGUGUCAAUCCUGCGCCACAGCGCCCUUUCGGUUCAGCCACUAAGCUGACCGAAAUGAAUUUGACACCAAACUUAAUAAUGAAUGAGAGGUUUACUGCAUUGAAAAAUGAGCUUAGUGAUUUUAACGGCUUUGUUUUAUUCGUUAAAGACAGAGAAAUAAAGCAUGAAAGCUAUCGUAAUGCUUAUGAUAUCCCUAGGAAUAACAUAUUGGAUCAGCUAGCAAGGAUGAGAUCGAACUUUCUCCAAAGUUCGUUGAGCCAUACUCGUCUUCAAGAUGAAGAUCAAAUGCAUAGUCUUGCUGUUAGUCAAAUGGGAAAUUAUCAAGAAUACUUAAAGCGUUUAACUCCACCUCUGAGAGAAAUUGAAUCGAUUCCAGUUCGGCAACAUAUGUUUGGAAAUCCAUUUAAAAUUGACAAAAGAAUGAUGGUUGAUGAAGCUGAUAUUGAUCCUGUGGCUGGAAGUGGUGGAGCAUCUCCAGUAAGGGGACAGAAGCGUCCAAUGGAUUCAAUAGUUGGUUCACCGAGAGCUAAACGCAAACCAGGACCUUUGCCAAAAGACUUUCCUGUUUGGAGACCUCAAAGUCCAUCUCCUAUGAUUCCAAAUCUAAACACUUUACCACCAGAAGUUGACAUUUUGCCUCACAAUUUACCCAGUGAAUCUGAAGAUGACAUGUUCUCAAUGGAAAAGGAUCGAUCACCCCCAACUCUUUCACCAGUGGAAGAUGGAAUUUUUACUUGGAACAAUACCUCCGACAUGCAGAUGAUGAAUCAUGUGAAUUCACGCAAUGUGAAUCAUGUAGAUUCAUGGGAAGAGGAAGAUGGAGAUCUAACUAUGCCAGCAUUAAACAUGAACUGCACGAAUGACAUCAGUCACUAUUUUCAGGAUUCUUUAUUUAGGACAGAAAUGAUUCGUGUUAGAAGUGCUCUUUUUAAAGAAGUCAGAAAGCCUGGAAGGAACUUUGAACAACUUUUUAAGCAAUUGGAGUUGGUGGACAAUAAUCUUGAUAUUCAAAUAUUUAUGGUUCGGGAAGUAAUAAGUGAAGCAUUUAGGUUCAAAAGAAAGUAUUUAGUAAAAUUGUUAGAAGAUUUUGAACAGAAUUUAUUGCAAAGUAAUAAUCGAUUGACACAUAUAGAUCCACCUACAUAUUCAAGGUAGUAUUGGAUCAAUAUUUUGUAAAUAGGCAUAAAUCAUUUGAUUAAGUUCAAAAGUUCACCAGGCUUUAAAGAAGAAAAUAUUUCAUCAUUUACAUAAUUGUCAAUUAAUUCAUCAAUGUAAAUAUAUCAUUUGUGGAAAGAGAGGAGCUUAAAUCCUGCAAUACAUAAUUUUUUAGUAAACUUUCAAUUUGACUUCAAAGCUUUUAGAAGCAUAUUUUAAUAAAUAACAGGCACAGACUUCAUACUCAUCAGAAAACCUGUGAUAUUUCUCCACUUACAAAUGUUCUUUUUAACUAUUUUAAGAUGUUUUUAUUGUAAUGUCAAGUCAUAUGAGUUUCAAAAAUGAAAUGAGUACUAAAUUUUACAACCCUCUUCGUAAAGAAAAAAUGAAAACUAAUUUCAAAAGAAUAAACAGACUUCUAUCCAUAUCAUGGUUUCAUUUUCAAAUGUUGCAUUUAAAAUUCAUUAUAUUGUGACAAAAAUUCAGUCUAUUCUCAAAUGGUUAGAUAAAACUAAUUUAUGUAACUCAGCAUAUACUGAAAAUUUACACGUAGCAGUUCUGUCAUUAAUUGUAAUGUUUUGUUUAACUUUUCAAGGUAAGAGUUAUAAGUAUUAUUUUCUCAAAUCAAAUGUAUAAAAUGUGUUUUUUCUCCCCAAGUCUCGAACAAUAUUUCACUUAAUACAAGGGUCUUUAUCUAAAAAAAAAACGCAGUUAUUGAAAGCAUGUUGACGUUUUAUCGGUGUGUUCGAUUUUGAUGUCUUCAAAUGAUAGGACAGUACAGUAUUCUCAUUAAAAAAAUAUUUUCCCUUAAGUGAAUAAAAUGUUCAGUUUUGUAUUUCAAAGUCAUAAAAAAAAGAUACUUAGUAAUCAUAUUGUCUAAUUGACCUGAGAAAAUUAUCGAAAAAUAAUAGCAUGAAGUUCCAGGAUAAGUUGAAGAACUUUAUAUUAGCAAAUGUUUUUCACUAGCACUUACAACGGUUUGGGGCUCGGCAAAAAUUUCAAGAGAGCAGAAUAUUGAGAUAAACAGAGUGAAAUAAUAAAGAGUUGACUGCUGAUGAAUGUAAAACUUCCAUGAUGUGAAGAAUCUUUUUUUUUUCUUAAUAUUAUUUGUACUUUAGUUUUGUAUUUUUUCUUGCAUUUGACCAUGUCAUUACUUCCUCCCCCCCCCCCUUUUUUUUUCUUCCUUAUAUCAAAACAAAAAUUAUGAAAUAUUUGUUGUCUUUCAAGUACAGAAUUUUUAAAAUGUUCACAUUAAAGAAUUUAGGUGCAUUUUUAAAAUAUGUACAGAACUGUUAGCAUAAAUAGAAACAUAAAGAAUUUUUUUUUUAAAGAUUGAAAAAUAAACUUGCUUUUAGGUACGUCUUUGACACUUCAAUAUUUAAGAAUGUUCUCAAAAAACAAAGCUGGAGCAUAAAAUGGACAAAAUAUGAAAAAUAGUAGUAAAGGGCACAGCAUAUAUUAUCCAUUUCAUGACUUGGGAUUUUCCUAAACAUUGAUGUAGAUUCUCAAUGGUUAAAAAAUAAAUACAUAUAUUUAUUUCUUAAUUUAUGUAAUUAGUUUGCUUAAUAUUCAAUAGCUUGUGCUGAAAGAUAAUAAUACUAAGUUACCAAGCACAAUUGUGCAAGAAACUGCAGAUACAUGUUUCAUGGUUACAAGGACGCCUUUUUGAAUGGGGGAAAAAGUAAGUUAACAAAUGAAAACGCAUCGAACAAAAAUGACAGGAAACUUUUGUCGGACGUCCCUUUAUCCACAUGCUCACUUCUUUGGCGUAAAAAAUGGGGUUCCUUGUAACCCUGAAACACAUGUCUGCAGUUUUCUGUAAAUUGGUGCUAAUUAACAUUGUAUUAUUAUCUUAUCUCAUUGAUUGUCCUCAAAACAGCUCUUUGAUUUUAGCUGUCUUUGAAUUAUUUUUAUUUAUGAAUUUUUGAGUUUGCCCUGUUUAUAUCAUGACACAAAGUUUUAUGAACUUGGUUUUGAUAAUACUCAAAAGAAAGAACAAAGCAAUUCGAAACACCGUUUUGUAAACAAUUUUUUCUAUAGCUCAUAUUUUUAAACCUGUAAUAGAAUGUGGUAACUCUCUCGCACAAAUCCAUUUGUUUGUAGUGACUCUUCAAAUAGUUAUUCUUGAUUUACAUUAUAUUAUCAGAUUUGUUAAGAAGUAAAUUUAUAAUCUAAUUCAUCAAAAUAACUCAACUAGAAUGAACACAUCUUGUCAUUUUUUAACUCCUGAAAAAUUUUAUACAAACUUGAGCUCUAAAAGUAAAAUUUGAGUCCUACAGUUUGUGAGUAAAGUUAUGUGUGUGAACUAGAGCACUAUAUUCUUUCUUCUCCCCCCCCCCCCCCCCCCCAUCUACAAGUAUAUUCAUUUCAAAGAAAAUGAAAUUAUUAUACAUCACAAAAAUUAUGCUAAACUAUUAUUAAAUUAUUGCAAUUGAAAAAGAAAAACAUUAAAUGGCAGCAAAUGGUUUUUAACAGCUAAAAAGAAUACUUGAAUGCUUUCAAGUUCAGGAAAUGUUGCUAUGUCACGAAGCACCUGGUAAAUUUAUUUUAUGAAGUUGCCAUAAACAUACGAGCAUGUGCAAAAUGUUAAUUACUGUGAGAUUGAUAUGCAGUUUGCGUGACAGUUUUGGUAAGUAAUUUUAAGUAGCUGUACUUAAAUAAAAUUGCAGCGUUUACCAUAUUUAUAUUUUUUUAAUAGUAAGAAUUUAAAAAUUCAUGAAAACAUGCAUGAAAUUCAAUUUGACUAGAACAGUUUUUUUUAAUGUAAACAAGUGGUUUGAUAUGAAACUUAACUUAAUUUGUUGUAAGUAUUCUUGUUUUUGCUGUUAUAUAUUCUAAUGUGGUUAGUGUUACUCCAUAUUUUGCUACAAUCUUGUGGGAAAGCUUUUUAGUUUUAAAUGCUUUAAAAUUUUAAACCUUUUUGUGAACAUAGUAUUUAAUAGAAUGCCAAAACAAUAAAAAUUAAAAUGAAAAUUAAAAUAUAUGGACAUUUCACAUAUCUAAGUAUGAAAGUUGUAUUAAAAAAAAAGAAAGUAUUUAUGAAUAAAACACUUUAUAAUGUAAUAAAUAAUGCAGAGAGCUUUCAGUGGAAAGUUCAAACCCAAAAAAUAUAUAUAUAUAAACAAAUAUAAGUUACUAUGUAAAAUUAAUACUUGAAAGUCUUUUCAUAGUGUAAAAUGUAAGAAGAUUAAGCAGAAAACACCCAAAUAUUUCUUGUAAAUAAAUGUUUUGUUUAUGAAAUGUUAAUUCUUGAAUUCUAACAGCCUAUUGUAUUUUAUUUUAAAAAAGAGGGAGAGGCAGAAAAAAAACUGCAAGAGAGCACGUUUCAAGAAAGAUAC